AUGUCUCAUCACAUGCACCACCAGAUAAUACUCAUCGCCCAACAGUUGGCCACAGCGUUGGCCUCUUCGGGCUCUAGUCUUAAACUACUGCCACUAAUACCCGUCUUCUUAGUAAUUAUCCUAAAGUCUCAAAUGAAUCACGAGUUGUAUAUUAAGCGCAACGUAUGGCACGACGAGUACGACUAUGUGGUGAUAGGCGCCGGUACUGCCGGCUCCAUAAUGGCCGCCCGGCUCUCGGAGGACCCGCACGUCAGUGUACUACUACUGGAGGCGGGAAAGGCUGAGAAUAUCAUAUCCGACGUACCCAUGAAUAGCCUGAACCUCCAGCGCACACCUAUGGACUGGUCCUUCGAGACCAUACCCCAGAAGAAAGCCUGCCUGGGUAUGAAUGGUAGGGUAUCCCUGUGGCCCAGGGGUAAAGUGAUGGGCGGCACCUCCACCAUCAACACAAUGGUCUACUGCAGGGGUAAUAAGCGUGACUACGACCUGUGGUCAUCUAACGGUGCGCUGGGCUGGUCGUGGCCGGAGGUGUUCCCCUAUUUCGUGAAGUCUGAGGACAAUAGAGACCCCCAUGUGGUGGCCAACGGCUAUCACGGUGUGGGCGGACCCAUGACUGUCACCACUUUGAAUAACCCGCGGGUUAUGUCUAAUGUGUUUCUGAGUGCCGCGCAGCACAUGGAUAUACCUAUCGGUGACAUCAACGGUGAGACUCAGUCGGUGUUCACAAUACCGCAGAUUAAUACCAGGGAUGGUAUGCGGUUGUCGGUGGCGAAGGCUUAUAUCGAGCCCCUGGCGGGCCGUAAGAAUUUACAUGUUUUGAGCAAAUCCUAUGUCACAAAAAUACUGUUUGAUGACCACAAGAGGGCCGUUGGGGUCCAGUUUGACCGACUGUUCAAGAGUUAUACGGUUAGGGCCCGAAAGGAAGUUAUUUUAUCUGCCGGUGCUAUCAAUUCGCCGAAAAUACUCAUGCUUUCAGGGAUCGGACCGAAAGCACACCUAAAAUCUUUGGGCAUACCUGUGAUAUCAAACAUCAGGGUCGGUGACAAUCUUCAGGAGCACGUGUCCAGCGGUGUCUUCUUCACCGUCAACGAGACAAUUGGCAUCAAUUGGUUGACUGAGUCACAGCCCGGGUAUAUAAUGGAGUACUUCCUGUUCCGCAAGAAUAAUUUGGCCAAAAAUAUAGACGAGGGAACGGGUUAUAUAAAAACCAAAUACAACUACCCGUUGGACGACUGGCCCGAUAUACAGCUUUUUAUGCUACCAGGCUCGCUAACCACCGAUUUAGGGCUGAGGUUACAGAAAAUACAGGGCAUCAAGAAAUCCGUUUGGAAACAGUUCUUCAAACCGUACGUCGGUUUCAAUACAUUCACGAUCUAUGCGGUGGUAAUGCGACCCAAAUCGAGGGGGUGGGUGCGCCUCGCAUCGCGGGACCCCUACUCUCAGCCCCUCAUCGAUCCCAAGUAUUUCGACGAUGACCAGGACCUCAACGUGUUGGUGGAGGGAAUGAAAGCGGCCUACCGUAUGGCGCAGACCCCACCCAUGCAACGGUUCAACGCCCAGCCCUUCCAGACGGUGAUGCCCGGGUGCGAGCCCUACAAACUCUAUUCGGACCAGUACUUCCAGUGCGUGGCCAGGGUUUACACCACCAUAGGGUGGCACCCGUGCGGCACCUGUAAGAUGGGUCCCAAGUCUGACCCGACAGCCGUCGUGGACACGGAGUUGAGGGUUAGGGGUGUGAAGGGGCUGAGGGUUGUGGACGCAUCCAUAAUGCCGACUGUCAUCACCGGUAAUAUCAAUGCGCCGACGAUUAUGAUCGCCGAGAAAAUUUCUGAUCAUAUGAAGGGUCGACGACUUAAG